AUGCAUUGAGAUGGGAUAACGAAUUGUGGCGCUAUUGUAAACUUCGGCGUUUGGUCGUUCAUUCAAUUUCAAAGGGAGAGAAGAGAGAGAAUAAUGGCCUCUUGUGCAUCUUCGUCUUGGCUUGUGCUCUCAUCCACCAACGCUAAACACAAACCCAGCUGCUUCAAAUUCAAUGCUCCCAUCGCUUCACAAAUCCAAUGGCAUUCAGAGUCGUAUACCCAAAGAAACCUCCGUCACCCUCCCGAAAUUAAACGCCAUUGGGUGGAAGCAUCUGAUGAAUCUUUAGAUUCUCCGGAAAGAUUCACAGUGGCCUCUUACAACAUACUGGGGGAUAGGAAUGUUUCUCAACACUCGGAUUUAUACGUAAACGUUCCUUCUCGUUACAUCAAAUGGGAUCGUCGCAAGAGGGUUAUUUCUGAUGAGCUUCUUGGAUGGGACCCUGAUAUUAUCUGCUUACAAGAGGUGGAUAAGUAUUUGGAACUUUCAGACAUUAUGGUUAAAGCAGGAUAUGCUGGAUCUUAUCAGAGACGCACGGGAGAUUCAGUUGACGGAUGUGCCAUGUUCUGGAAAACUGAUAAGUUCCGGUUACUAGAAGGAGAGAACAUCAAAUUUAAGGACAUUGGCCUUCGUGAUAAUGUUGCCCAACUAUCAGUUUUUGAGAUGUGUGAAUCUUACUCAAGAAGACUGUUAGUUGGUAACAUCCAUGUACUUUACAACCCAAACAAGGGAGAAGUUAAAUUAGGUCAAAUUCGUUUUCUCUCGUCAAGAGCACAUUAUCUCUCUGAGAAAUGGGGUAAUACCCCUGUUGUGCUAGCUGGUGAUUUUAAUAGUACUCCUCAGAGUGGAAUAUAUAAGUUUUUGUCAUCAUCUGAGCUUAAUGUCAAGCUGUAUGACAAAAAGGAAUUAUCUGGACAGAAACGGUGUCGUCCUGCUCAAGUAAUAGGGGAGAAUAAAGAAACAGUUGGUCCAGUUGUCACCCUAGACGGCUUGUUAAAAUGUUGGACAGAUGAAGAGAUAAAAAUAGCCACCGGAGAUUCUCAGCAUCAUUUGGCUGUGCAUCCAUUGAAGCUGAAAAGUUCGUAUGCCACAGUUAAUGGUUCAAAAAGUACACGGGGAUUCAAUGGUGAACCGUUGGCAACUUCCUAUCACUCAAAGUUUCUUGGCUCUGUAGAUUACUUAUGGUACUCGGACGGUAUUGUACCUAUAAGAGUUCUUGAUACCGUUUCAAUAAGUGAUCUCCUGAGGGCAGGUGGCCUCCCAUGCAAGGUGGGAAGUGAUCAUUUGGCCUUGGUUUCUGAAUUUACUUUCUCAGUUACAAACAAUGAACCUACAGACAAAGUGGCAGUAGGAGCAGCAGCACCAGCUAUAGUAGAUAUUGAAGAGCCUAACAAUCAGCAGUCAUAAAAUAGCUCAGCGUUUUUGUUGGGAAACUGGUUUUUGCUUUCCUUGUUUACUUACAGUUUACAUUGAAUGAUUUACCUAGCUUAGCUCAAAUUUGUUGAAAUAGGUUGUAAUUUAUAAUGUUUGAAUUUCAAGUUCUUGGAAGAAUUUCUUAUGUACCAUAAGAACCUGAAGUUUAUAAGCGCAACGAAAAAUCUUAAUACAAAUUGAAUUAUUGGUGAAAGUGAACAUAAUCAUUAAA